AAUCUCAUAUGCAAAACAAAUCUGUCGCGUUUGGAGUUAAACUGGUUUUACAGUCGUCCCAACUUCUGGGACGAAAGUAGACGAGAAAUGUUUGGAUACAUGGAAGAGGUUCUUGAGGGAUUAGAGCCAAAUCCAUCUUUAGAGACACUGGAAAUGUGUAAUUACUUGGGAAAGACCAUUUCUCCAAGUUGGAUGGACAAUUUAAGGAAUUUGGUUGAAAUUGUUCUCUCUCGAUGUAAGAAGUGUGAGCAUAUUCCACCACUUGGGAGACUCCCCAGUCUUAGGGUUAUUCAGUUGUCGUUCAUGUAUUCUUUGAAGUAUUUUCACGAUGAUGAUAUAAACAUGUCAGUAGACAACACGGAUUUGUUUAUUAGUUUACAAAGAUUACAGAUCUUCUCGUGUGGGGAAUUAAUUUCUUUACCGUGUAAUCUUCCAAACCUCAAGGUUUUAGAAGUAACAGAUUGUUGGAGAUUAAUUUCCUUACCAGAUAAUCUUCCAAAACUGGAGGAUUUAGAAUUGAGAAGUUGUUCCAAAUUAAUUUCUUUACCGUGUAAUCUUCCAAGCAUCAGAAAGUUGAGAAUUGAAGAUUGUAAUGGAUUACUUUCUCUACCGGAUGAGAUUCAGAGUUUCAAGGAUCUAAACAAACUUGAGAUAACAGGGUGUAAACAUCUAAGGAAAAGGUGUGAAAGAGAGAAGGGUGAAGAUUGGCAUAAAAUUUCUCACAUUCCCGAUCUAAGUAUUCAAGCUCCAUUGUGGUGGGAAGUAUCUGGACAUGAUGACGAUGACGAGGACGUGGACGAGGACGGCGAUGAUGAGAUUAACGAAAGAUGAUUGGUGACUGCACUUGGCACUCUAUACACAAGGAUCAAAUAUGGAUGAUGUGAUUUGUUGAUCAAUGCAAUGGAUUGAAGACGUGGUAUCCGUAUGCAAUUUCGGACGUUAGUAUUUUACUUCAUUUUUUAUCAUCUAAAAGUUUUUGGACAUUAAUUUGGAUAUUGUUGUUUAUUUUUAAAACGUUUGAUAUUAUUGAAUUGUGUUAUGAAAUACGAUCUCUUUGUUACUUUCCGGGG